CCUCCCUGUCAAAACCAGGGGCCGCCGGCGGUGACCCUAUCCCCCUCCCUGUUAUAAGCUCACCCACUCCCAUCCUCUCUCUCUCUCUCUCUCUCUCUCUCUCUUAACACGCACACGGAAUGCCGGCCGCUGUAGUCUCCUCCUCUCUCCUCUUAGCACCGAUCGCCAAACCGCUCAAACCACCAUCCUCCGUCCCCAAUCGAACCCUAUCCCUCCGCCCCGUCCCUGCACCGCUUUCUGCUCGAUCCCGACUCCUUAGCCGCUUUCCCAUCCGCGCCGUUGUCCACGUCGACAAGGAGACCCCCGAGAACGAGAGGCCGGACACAUGCCUCGUCUCCGCCGACGGCCCCGAGUCCCCCGCCCCCAUCCGUGUCCGAUUCGAGAAAAUGAUACGGGAGGUCCAGGACGAAGUGUGCGCCGCCCUCGAGGCCGCGGACCGUGUGGGCAAGUUCAGGGAGGACGUGUGGUCGAGGCCCGGCGGGGGCGGCGGGAUCAGCCGGGUGCUGCAGGACGGAGCGGUCUGGGAGAAGGCUGGGGUGAACGUGUCGGUCGUGUAUGGGGUUAUGCCGCCGGAGGCUUACCAGGCUGCCAAGGGGAAGACCGGAACUGGCCGUGGAGAUUCUGCAGUGAACGCCGGGCCGGUGCCGUUCUUCGCUGCUGGGAUCAGUUCGGUUUUACAUCCUAAGAAUCCAUUUGCCCCGACAUUGCAUUUCAACUAUCGGUACUUUGAAACUGAUGCACCGAAAGAUGCCCCAGGUGCACCUAAGCAAUGGUGGUUUGGUGGUGGCACUGAUUUGACUCCUGCUUAUAUUUUUGAGGAGGAUGCAAAGCAUUUCCAUAGGGUUCAAAAGCAAGCAUGUGAUAAAUUUGAGCCAAGAUUCUAUCCCAGAUUCAAGAAGUGGUGUGAUGACUAUUUUUUUAUAAAGCAUCGGGGUGAAAGGCGUGGACUUGGCGGAAUAUUUUUUGAUGACCUUAAUGAGUAUGAUCAAGAACUGCUUCUUGGUUUCUCUACUGAGUGUGCAAAAUCUGUUGUUCCAUCAUAUAUACCUAUCAUAGAACGACGCAAGAAUACCCCUUUCACAGAGCAGCACAAGGCGUGGCAACAGCUACGAAGGGGACGCUAUGUAGAAUUCAAUCUGAUUUAUGAUCGCGGCACCAUGUUUGGACUACAGACCGGAGGCAGAAUCGAGAGCAUUCUUGUUUCCCUUCCCUUGACAGCUCGGUGGGAAUAUGGUCAUCAGCAACCAGAAGAAGGCAGCGAAGAAUGGAAACUCCUUGAUGCAUGCAUUAACCCAAAAGAAUGGAUUUGACCUCAACUUUUGAUUCGACUGUGCUUGAAUGUAGAGUAUAAUAAACUCCAUUGCUGGUUUCGGUGUUACGUCAUCUGAGCUUGUGGAAGCCUCAGGUAAUAAAUUGUGAUUUGGUCAUCGGAACCUCUUCUGCUGUGUUCUCAGGUUAUGAUUGCAAUCUUCAGUCUUCUUGUUCCUCAGAGUAAUUCAUCUGAUCCCUUCCAAGCAUCAAGUAAAUUUGUGAGUUGGUCAAUAGUUACUCUUCUGAUGUAGAAUGUGUUCUUCUUAGGUUAUGAUUGUCAUUUUUAGACUAACUUGAUCAUGAUUGUAAUAUACCUUGUCUCUUUCAAGCAUUAAAUAGAAUUUGAUUGGGCCACUGGAGAUGUUAUU